AACAAACCAUUGCGAUUUUAAUUUACCUCAGAAUUAGGUUUUCUUUCAGUAUUUUCUCGAAAUGCUUACUUUGUGGAAUUUGUUUGAAGCCACAUUACUUUGUCUCAAUGCAGUCUGCGUACUUCACGAAGAAAGAUUUAUGGUAAAAAUGGGAUGGGGAGCUCAAAGUCACAGCCAAGGAUUUGAAGAUCAGUCAACAGUGAAAUACCAGAUCUUAAACUUAGUUAGGUCCAUAAGAACAGUGACGAGAAUUCCGCUGAUUCUACUAAACAUACUCACUAUCAUAUUCAAGUUACUAUUGGGAUAAUACAGUUAAAGAAGAAGCAAGAUUUAUAACAAAAACCCAAAUAACUGCUGCUUUGGUAGCAUGCCAGUGUAUAUUAUUAC